GGGUGAUGCCUCAUAGCGAGCAUCAUAAUUUCAUUCAACCGAGAAGAGCACUCUAUCUCUCUCUCUCUCUCUCUCUCUUUCUCUCUCUCAUUCUCUCUCUCUUUCCACUACUCACUCAUUAAUGUGCUCCUCCAGUGCGGCGCUCUUCGUCUGCUCUGAUUGACUGAGGAUGAGAUUACAGCUCUUUUUCUUUUUAAAGCUUAUCACAGUUAAUUUGAUUUUCAUUUUUUCCUCUUUUUGACUAUUGACUCUGCCGAGCUCUUCAAGGAUUGGGGUUUUAGAAAGAAGCUAGGAGUGUGUGAAAGAGUGCUGUGUGUGAUGGACGUUGGCCUUUCUGCAACUCCUUUCUGCUUUGGACAAGGUGGCUGAGAUGCUUCUGCUGUUUCAGUUACUGAACCAUUAACGUUAAGAUCUACUACAAGGGUAGUGAGAACGGAAGAGGGGGAGGGGAUCCUGACACCCACCGAGCAAACGAGCGAGUGAACGAGACGGCCGGUCAGAAGGUAGAGGAGAAAGAGGAAAGAGCAACCUGUUCCUCUCUGCUAUGACCUGAAGCGAUGGAUAUUAACCUCCAGUCACACCGCUUCUACUUCCCCCAGAUCUACUGUGAUGCUGGCGCUCAGGUCACCGAGUAUAAGAUCAGUGAGCAGAGCAUUUGCCAGGCUCGUGCCUCGGUGAUGGUCUACGAUGACACCAGCAAGAAAUGGGUGCCAAUCAAGCCAGGCCAACAAGGCUUUAGCCGCAUCAACAUCUACCACAACACUGCCAACAAUACCUUCCGUGUGGUGGGGGUCAAACUGCAGGACCAGCAGGUUGUCAUUAACUACUCCAUCGUAAAGGGGUUGAAAUACAAUCAGGCGACUCCGACAUUUCACCAGUGGCGUGAUGCCAGGCAGGUGUACGGACUCAACUUUGCCAGUAAGGAGGAGGCCACCACCUUCUCCAAUGCAAUGCUUUUCGCCCUCAAUGUGCUCAGCACCCAGGAUGGAGGUCCAGCUGUUCAGCGCCAGGUUCAAAAUGGGCCCACCACAGAUGAACUGGAGGCACAAAGAAGGCAAAUGGAGAUGCAGCAGCAACAACAGCAGCAGCAGCAACAAAUGCAGGCGCAUAUUGAGAGAGAGCGACGAUCGUCCAACUCAGGUUCCCCGUUUCAGGGACACCCCGUCGUGCUCUCUGUGGCACCUCCAAGUGUAGCGCCACCACCCAUGUCAAUGGGAGGACCUUGCCCACCUCCUCCUCCACCACCUGCACCACCUGGACCUCCUGGGCCUCCGCCCCCCUCAGCAGGAGCUCCUCCUCCUCCCCCGCCCCCCCUGCCUGUGGUUGGAGGGGGUUAUGGGGGCCAUGGGAUGCACCACGAGGAAGCACAAGCACCCACCGGCCUCGCUGCCAUGAUUGCCGGAGCCAAACUGCGCCGAGUACAAAGGCCUGAGGAUAGUUCAGCAUCUGGAGCCAAAAACGAAGCCAACCGGACAAGUGGAGGGAGUGGUGGUCUGAUGGAGGAGAUGAAUGCCCUGCUGGCACGAAGACGGAAAGCUGCAAACCAGUCUGAAGACAAGAAAGAUGGAGACAGCCAAAAUGAUGAUCCAAAUUCCCCCUCUCCCAUGUCUAGAGGACAGAACUCCUCAGAUGGCGCAAAGAAACCAUGGGAUCGAGCCAACUCUGCUGAGAGAUCAUCACUUGUAUCUAGGGUUCGACCCGUGGGGAGUGGUAGUGACACAGACGCCUUAGACUUUGACAGAAUGAAACAGGAAAUCUUGGAAGAAGUUGUUCGUGAAUUGCACAAGGUGAAGGAUGAAAUCAUUGAUGCCAUUAGACAUGAACUUAGUAGAAUUAGCACGACAUAAUCUCCCAGACCCGUGACCCAUCUUUUAUGAGACCCAAACCCCUGGCAGAACCUGCUGUAGCUGAAGAAGGGAAGACGUCGAGCAACGAUACCAACAUGUUAAAGCAAAUGGAUCAUUUUGCUCUAACAUGAACGGUACAUGUGCUAUCCCUCAGAUAUACAAAUGGAUGGAGGACACUUGCACUGAUCUUUGUUUUUUGGGUUUAAAUUAAUAUUUGGCAACUGUCUUUUCAAAGUCUUGAGAGAAAUUUGUUUUUAUUAUUGUUUUUCAUUUAUUAUUAUUAUUAUUAUUAUUAUUAUUAUUAUUAUUAUUAUUGGUGGUGGUGGUGGUGGUAGUGGUGUUCAUGUAAGUGGUCGUAGGUUUCUAGUGAUGAAAUGAUUAAAAGAUAAAAUGCUAAAAUAAUGAUAAUAAUAUUAAUAAUGAUAAUAAUAAUGUCAUUGGUCAUUGCACAUGUCUAAAUGUAAGCCUUUUAUAUUUUUAUUGAUCUUUAUUUUCCUUUGCCUGUGUUAAAAGGUUCAUUAUAAGCGUAUACACUACCAGUUUACUUCUCACUACCUGAUAAUGUUUGUUUUUUAAGAUUUUUUUUAACCUUAUGGCAAAAAAAAUGUGUAGGUAAUCACUGACAGAAAGAUUUUUAAAACAAGAUGGGAGCAGUGAUGAGGGACCGGAGAAAAACUCUUGCAUUUUUAGAUAUUGCAAACUUAUGAACAAAAAAAAGAAAGAAAAAAAAAAACAUCAGUACACCAGAGUAUUUGUGACCAUGUUGUUAAUAAAAUGUUUAUUGGCUGCAAGGAUAUGGUGAAGUAUUGUUUGUUCUAUUAUUUCCCUUUUUUGACCAAGUGCUUCCUGGUUUGGAUGAAAAGGAAAUAUACCUUACAUUUAAAAAGAACUGAAAUAAAACUGUGAAAACA